CAGUCCUGCUAGAGAAGAGUGGCCCGGCUACUUCCAGGACUCUGGAUCUUUUGAGCACGACAUAAGUAGAGGUGCAAGAAGAGAGGAAAAUCUCCAGAUACCUACAGGAUUAAUUCAUUCAGAAAAAAUAAUCAACAUGCAAAAAUCUUGUGACGAGAACGAAGGAACACCCCAGAACACACCAAAAGCAGAUGAAGGUCAUCCUUCAGAAGAUUCACCACAGCAGGCAGGAGAAAAUCUUCCGGCUUCUGGAGAAAAUGUGAGGGAGGAGACUGAAGGAAGCCUAAGAGGAGAGCCUGCUGAACCCAGCCAAGAGCCUAAAGAGGACACUCCCGCAAGGCAUCUGAACCCUGAAGAAGUGAUAAGAGGCGUAGAUGAGCUGGAAAGGCUUAGGGAAGAGAUAAGAAGAGGAAGGAACAAGUUUGUGUUGAUGCAUUGGAAGCAAAGACAUUCCCGAAGCCGUCCUUAUCCUGUGUGCUUCAGGCCUUGAAAUCGGUUUUUCUCUGAUAUUGAAAUGUGGCUGCUGCUUUCUUUCUCUUAGCAUUUCCUGAUGUAUCUUUGAACUUCAUUUUACUUUUAAUAAUAAUUACCUGGCGGUAUUUUCUGUUAUGUAGUUUUGUUACCAGCAUCUCAUUGGAUUUUGGAUUUUUUUUUUUUGACCCAUUUUCCGCGUUUAUCUUUCAGUUGGAAAGUUUCACACUUAUGCAUGGAAAUAUACAAUUCAACAGCAGAUUGAAAAG